UAGAAAAAGAAGACGGCGACGAUAACAAACUCGACAUGGCUGCGUUGUUUGCUACUUCCCGUGUCCUCGGAAAAAAGGUCUUGUUAUCAAAAGCCUUAUCCCCAGGUUCCUCAGCCAGCCUUCGUAAGCUUCAUUUUUCCAUUUAUGGGAAACGGGGAGAUGCCAAAGUCUCAGAUGCUAUAUCCACACACUAUCCAGUGGUGGAUCAUGAGUUUGAUGCUGUUGUGGUGGGAGCAGGCGGUGCUGGACUGCGUGCUGCUUUUGGAUUGUCAGAAGCUGGUUUUAAUACGGCAUGUGUCACCAAGCUGUUCCCUACUCGCUCUCACACAGUGGCUGCACAGGGUGGGAUCAAUGCAGCGCUUGGUAACAUGGAGGAAGAUGAUUGGCGCUGGCACUUUUAUGACACAGUAAAAGGAUCUGAUUGGCUGGGAGACCAGGAUGCCAUUCACUAUAUGACUGAACAGGCUCCUGCUGCUGUGGUUGAGUUGGAGAACUUUGGUAUGCCAUUCAGCCGUACAGACGAUGGAAAAAUCUACCAGCGUGCAUUUGGAGGCCAGAGUCUGAAGUACGGAAAAGGAGGCCAGGCUCACAGGUGCUGCUGUGUGGCCGACAGGACGGGUCACUCCCUUCUACACACGCUCUACGGACGGUCUCUGAGGUAUGACACGAGCUAUUUUGUGGAGUAUUUCGCCCUGGACCUGUUGAUGGAGGAAGGAAAAUGCGUCGGAGUCAUAGCCUUGUGCAUGGAAGAUGGUUCUAUUCACCGUUUCAGGGCCAAAAACACAGUAAUUGCGACAGGUGGUUAUGGACGCACCUAUUUCAGCUGCACAUCAGCACACACUAGUACAGGAGAUGGUAAUGCCAUGGUAACCCGUGCCGGCCUGCCAUGCCAGGAUCUGGAGUUCGUUCAGUUUCACCCCACAGGCAUCUAUGGAGCUGGUUGUCUGAUCACAGAGGGUUGUCGUGGUGAAGGUGGAAUCCUGAUUAACAGUGAAGGUGAGAGAUUUAUGGAACGCUAUGCUCCAAACGCUAAAGACUUGGCCUCCAGGGAUGUGGUUUCACGCUCCAUGACCAUCGAAAUCCGUGAGGGAAGGGGUGUAGGACCAGAGAAAGACCAUGUCUACCUCCAGCUCCACCACCUCCCACCUCAGCAGCUGGCAUCCCGUCUGCCAGGAAUCUCUGAAACCGCCAUGAUAUUUGCUGGAGUGGACGUCACGAAAGAACCUAUCCCAGUCUUACCCACAGUGCACUACAACAUGGGAGGCAUCCCCACCAACUACAAGGGACAGGUCAUCACCUACAAGGAUGGUGAGGAUAGGGUAGUGCCAGGGUUGUAUGCCUGCGGUGAAGCUGGCUGUGCCUCUGUACAUGGUGCCAAUCGUCUGGGAGCCAACUCACUGCUGGAUCUUGUGGUGUUUGGCCGCGCAUGUGCUCUGACCAUUGCCGAAACCAACACUCCAGGGGAGAAGCUUGAACCCCUAAAGCCUAAUGCAGGAGAGGAAUCUGUCGCUAACCUGGAUAAACUACGCUUUGCUAAUGGCUCUACAAGAACUUCUGAGAUCAGGCUUAACAUGCAGAAGACUAUGCAGUCUCAUGCAGCAGUGUUUCGUACCGGAGAGGUCUUGAAAGAAGGGUGCGUUAAGAUGGACGCCAUCUAUCAGUCAUUAGAUGACAUCAAGACAUUUGACCGAGGUAUUGUUUGGAACACUGACCUAGUGGAGACUCUGGAGCUACAGAAUCUGAUGCUGAAUGCUGUACAAACAAUUCACUCAGCUGAGGCUCGCAAAGAAAGCAGAGGGGCUCAUGCCCGGGAAGAUUUCAAAGUGCGUGUGGAUGAGUAUGACUACUCAAAGCCAUUGCAGGGUCAACAGAAGAAGCCUUUUGAAGAGCACUGGAGGAAACACACUCUGUCAUACACAGAUCCAAAGACUGGAAAGGUCACUCUGGAAUAUAGACCUGUGAUCGAUGACUCUCUGAACGCUGAAGACUGUGCCGCCAUUCCACCUGCUAUCCGCUCCUAUUAAACACAGACGCACCUUUCACUAUUAUUUAUCAAUAUUAUGCUUAAUCUGAGUCCUUAAGUACAUUACAGGACAUGUGUUAAACUUUGGCAUUCGGGCUGACAUUUUUUUUUGCUAAUAAAAAAAAUAAAUAAAUAAAAAAAAUACUAAAAGUAGAGAAAUUUGAAUUCAUGUAAUAAAUAUUGUUAGAAUGCAGGCAAAUAUUGUUUCCUGCAGCCUGCACUUAAAAGUACAGUAAUUAAAUUCCAGAUGCACUUGUGUUCUGCUGAAUGAGCCUCAUCAAGCUUCAUAUAAACUAAUUUUUCAUCAGUCAUUCGUAGUUCAAAUUCUACAAGAGCUCCGGAGUUUGUGUAAAUUUACAUUUAGGGACACUCGCAGAUCAUAUAAUAUGGUUAUGAGUUACACAACAAUUUAAUAAUGUAGAUACUUUUUUUUUUCUCCAUUUUCAUGUCAAGCCAUUUUCUUGUAACCUCACUGAAGUCGCACCUAAUUCACCUUUUCUGUGCAAGUCAAAAUAACUUCUGAAUCUGAGAAAUUAAUUUUCUCUCACUGCCUUGUCCUCUGUGAGCUUUGCUUUUAUAGAGCUUUGUGGGCAUCACUUAAAUGCAAAUGAGCUGUAGCGUGAACACAUGUUGCACUUUGAGUGAGUUGUAAUUCAUCAACAUACGACAUGAGUGUGGAGAAAAUCAACAUUACCGAAACUUUUGCAAAUCUGGCGGCAAUUUUUCUUUUGGUUUGGCUGAUGAACAUUUACACACAACUUGAUAAAUGAGGCCCAGUGUUCAUGUGUUUUCACCAAUGUACCUGCUCGAUGUGUGUUAAAGAUUGAUUAAAUUACUUUCCCGCUA